UGCUGGUUGCUAUGCUAAAUGCUAACUCAGUAGGUAAUCUGUUAGCCCGGAGCUGAACGCACGUCCACUGCGGGGCUCCGCUCUCUUCCGGAUCGCUCUUAUUCUGAUGGCUGAAGAAGACCCUCUAAUGUGAUUUUAACUUGGCACUCCCGAUCAAGGACAGACGCACUGCCCAGGCUGCCACGGUGGAUAUGCAGUCACUGUGCUACUGAGGGAAGAAUGACAUUUGUCUCAUUUUAAUUCCUGGAGCUGCUCUGGGUUGAGUUUAGGCUUGAUUAAAAAGCUGCUACUCUUAGCCAAGUUGGUCUUUUUCCUCAGCCCUUUCUUUUGCACCACCACGGGCCUCGAGUGCAAACUGUUAUGGCACUGGAAGCCAAUUGAGCAAAGGGGAGCUGUGGUUGUACUGGAGGAUUAGACUGUGCUGUGGGAGUGGGGACUGAGAACAGAAGAAGCAGGCCCACAGCCACACACAUGAUGCUGCUGCAGCAGGGACACUAGGCUCCCUGUUUUAAGCCCCCAUCUGUGUGGUGCUUGUUUUUUUUUUUUUUUCCUCUUUUCCUGCAAUCUCAUCGAUUUGGAUGGUUGAGCACAAGGACUACUUUGAAGGAGACCACCGGUGGCUGUGGUUUGGCUCAAACUAUCAGAUUUUUUGCCAGCUAUUGCUGAUUUAGUAGCCCUUUUCCACUGCCACCACUGCCGUAGCCUUCUUUGCUGUGGUCUCCAGUAUGGUGAGUGGAAGCUGGAGGCAUCACAGGAGUGGAACUGAACCAUUAAUACUGGUGUAGCUCUUUUUUUUUUCCCCACUGUGAAGGAUUGCAUUCCAAUUUUCAAGGACUCUUUUUCCUGUUGCUGAAAGAACAACCCCAAUCAAGGUCAUUUCUUUAAAAAAAAUAUUGAAGUCUCGGAAAUAAGACCGCUCUGGAGGAGGAUGAAGCUGAGGAAACAGGUGACAGUGUGUGGAGGAGCCAUAUUCUGUGUGGCUGUGUUCUCACUGUAUCUGAUGUUGGACCGAGUCCAGCAUGACCCUGCAAGGCGACAGAAUGGCGGGAACUUUCCACGGAGCCAGAUCUCCGUCCUGCAGAACCGGAUAGAGCAGCUGGAGCAACUCCUGGAAGAAAACCAUCAAAUCAUCAGCCACAUAAAGGACUCUGUGAUGGAGCUCACAGACACAGGGGCUGUGUCUCCCAGCGGCCACCUGCCGUUCAGAAGUGCCAAUGGUUCCUGGGUCCUUCCCUUCGACGGCCGUCCCACUUUCCUGGCCGUGAAGCCCCAGGAUUGCCAGUUUUCUGCCAGCAGCCGCGGUCAAGCAGACGUGCAGAUGCUGGAUGUGUACUCCCUCCUUAAGUUUGACAACCCCGAUGGCGGUGUGUGGAAACAGGGCUUCGACAUUACUUAUGAACCUGAAGAGUGGGACAACGAACCACUGCAGGUGUUUGUGGUUCCUCACUCUCACAAUGAUCCAGGUUGGAUCAAGACUUUUGACAAGUACUUCACAGACCAGACUCAACAUAUUUUAAACAACAUGGUUGUGAAGCUGCCUGAGGAUCCUCGCCGGAAGUUCAUCUGGUCUGAGAUUUCUUUCUUCUCCAAGUGGUGGGAGACUGCAGACGUACACAAACAGGAGGCCGUGCGCAAGCUGAUCCAGGGAGGACAGUUUGAGAUUGUGACGGGAGGCUGGGUGAUGACUGACGAAGCCAACGCUCACUACUUCGCCAUGAUAGACCAGCUCAUAGAGGGACAUCAGUGGCUGGAGAGAAAUCUGGGUGUAACUCCUCGCAGUGGGUGGGCCGUGGACCCCUUUGGUCACAGCGCCACCAUGGCCUAUCUGCUGAAGAGGGCCAACCUGACCAGCAUGCUCGUCCAGAGGAUCCACUACUCCAUUAAAAAGCACUUUGCCUCCACCCGCAAUCUGGAGUUCAUGUGGAGGCAGGCGUGGGACACGGGGUCCAGCACAGACAUCUUCUGCCACAUGAUGCCAUUCUACAGCUACGACGUGCCGCACACGUGCGGGCCCGAUCCAAAGAUCUGCUGCCAGUUCGACUUCAAGAGGUUACCAGGUGGCCGCAUCAACUGUCCCUGGAAGGUGCCACCGAAAACGGUGGUGGAGGCAAAUGUAGCAGAGAGGGCGCAGCUGCUCCUCGAUCAGUACCGGAAAAAGUCGAAGCUCUACCGCAGCAAGGUGCUGCUCGUCCCCCUGGGAGACGACUUCCGCUACGACAAGGCUUUGGAGUGGGAUCAGCAGUACAUCAACUACCAGAAACUGUUUGACUACAUGAAUUCCCACCCCGAGAUGCAUGUUCAAGCUCAGUUUGGGACUCUGUCUGACUACUUCGAUGCUCUUUACAAAACAAAUGGCGUCGCCCAGGGAGCCAAACCUGCAGACUUCCCCGUGCUGAGCGGGGACUUUUUUGCCUAUGCAGACCGGGAGGACCACUACUGGACCGGGUAUUUCACCUCUCGACCCUUUUACAAAAGCCUGGACCGGGUCAUCGAGUCGCACCUCAGGGGAGCAGAGAUCCUCUACAGCCUCGCCGUAGCAAACGCCCGACAUGCAGGAAUGGAAGGACGUUACCCGGUCUCGGAUUAUGCCCUGCUGGUCGACGCCAGGCGGUCGGUCGGCCUGUUCCAGCAUCACGACGCCAUCACCGGCACCGCAAAGGAAAAUGUCGUCAUCGACUAUGGCACCAAACUGCUGCGUUCCCUCAUCGGCCUGAAGAGAGUUAUCAUCAAUGCCGCUCAUUUCCUGGUGAUGAAGAACAAGGAGUUUUAUCGCUUUUACCAGACCGAGCCCUUCCUGGAGACGGAUGACAGGCGAGCCACUCAAGACUCUCUGCCUCAGCGCACUUUAAUCGAGCUGGACCCAGCAGGACCGAGGUACCUCGUCCUGUUCAACCCCAUCGAGCAGGAGCGGCUGUGCGUGGUCACCGCGCUGGUCAACACGGUCCGGGUGCGGGUGCUCACCGAGGACGGGCAGACCCUGCCCGUGCAGCUGAGCGCUCAGUGGAGCUCCGCCAGCCAAAUGAGCGCCGAGGUGUUUGAGGCGACGUUCAUGGUUCGCCUGCCGCCUCUGGGCCUGGCCGUCUUCCAUCUGUACGACUCGCCGGACUCGCCCAUGACGCUGCGCUCCGAGACGCUGCUCCGGCUGCCGGGCCGCGGCGCGAGCGCCCGCGCCACCGACCCGCUGCCCGUGCGCUCCCAGCAGGCCGACCCUCAAACCUUCUACAUCAGCAGUCAGUCCCUGACGCUGGGCUUCUCCGGGACCACCGGCCUGCUGGAGAGCAUCAAGCGGAAGGACGACCCCCAGGAGGUGAAGGUUCAGAUGCAGUUCAUGAUCUAUGGUACUCGUCCCUCGAAAGACAAAAGUGGCGCCUACCUCUUCCUGCCCGACGGGAAAGCAAAGCCCUACAGCCAGAAGGAGCCGCCUGUGGUGCGCGUCGUGGAGGGGCCCCUCUUCUCAGAGGUGGUGGCGCACUACCAACACUUCCAACAGACCGUCCGCAUCCACAACGUGCCAGGGGUGGAUGGGUUAUCGAUAGACAUGAGCACCAUGGUGGACAUCAGGGAUCAGACCAAUAAGGAGCUUGCCAUGCGGCUGACCACUGACAUCCAGAGUGGCGACGCCUUCUACACCGACCUGAACGCCUUCCAGAUUCAGCCUCGCCGCCGCUUCCUGAAACUCCCCCUGCAGGCCAACUUCUACCCGAUGCCCAGCCAGGCGUACAUCCAGGACAGCCACCACCGCCUGACGCUGCACACGGCUCAGUCUCUGGGCGUCAGCAGCCUGGAGAGCGGCCAGCUUGAAGUGAUUAUGGACCGGCGGCUGAUGCAGGACGAUAAUCGCGGCCUGGGUCAGGGCCUGAAAGACAACAAGAAGACGGCCAGCCGUUUCCGCCUGCUGCUGGAGAGGCGGUCGACCGGCAACAAGAUGAUGGACAGCGCGACGACCAGCUUCCCGUCUGUACUCAGCCACAUGACCAGCGCAGUGCUCAACCACGAGGUCCUGGCGCUGCCCGUCCUGCCCAAACGACGCGGCAUCCCCCCUCUUCAGACCUUCGCCCCCCUCAAGUCGCUCCUCCCCUGUGACUUCCACCUGAUGAACCUCCGCAGCAUCCAGAGCCAGCAGGACCCUCAGUCUCCGUCUCCCUACACCGCCCUGAUCCUCCACCGCCUGGCGCUGGACUGCGGCGUCGAGGCUCAGAACCUCGGCUUCAACUGCACCACCACGCAGGGCCAGCUGAGUGUUUCGGGACUGUUCAAGAGCCUGGACCUGCAGCUGCUGCAGCCCAUGUCGCUGACCCUGAUGCACGCCGGCGCGCCGCUGGCCAACGACUCCACCAUCAGCCUGGAUCCCAUGGAGAUCUCCGCGUUCAAGCUCAAGCUGCGCUAAAAGCCAGACGGACUCACGGCAGCAAAGAGACAAACCAAAAAAAUGGAAAAAAAGACAAAAGAAGAAAAAAGCAUCUCCUUGGACUUGGAACGCCGAGGCCGGCGUGGGGCUGCGGGCUGCACACGGAGGGGUCUGGCUCUCUCUCUCUCCCGAUCGUGAACAUUCCAGCUGGGGGAGGCGGGGGCUCCUCUGCAGCAGGACCGGCUGCACGGCAGGGGGCAGGCGAUCGCCGCCGCUGAUCUCCUCACAAAGCAGCAUAAUCCCCAGCGAGUGCGCAGCUGUUCCAACACAACAGCGACUGCCAGACUCACUCAGCAGAUACAGCCGGGGAUCUGUUCGCCUCCGCAAUCAAACAUGAAAUCUCUCUUAGUUCUGCUUUGUACGGACUCGUGUCUUUUUUUUUUUUUGUAUCUUCUCUCCAUCCUGGACGGAACUACUGAAUGUAAAUAUCUCCUGAUGAGGGGGGAGAGGCUGGAGGCCCGGGCCUGGUGCCACAUCAGAGUGCAAUCUGCAAAGCUUUAUUAGUUUGUUUUGUUUUUUUGUACCUGUGAGUUGAGUGAACGAUGUUUCCGUUUGACAGACUUGAAUGCAGCAAAGAGAAUGUGCGGACCCCCCAACCCCCCCAACCCCACUUUCAUCUCAAACUUCAGACCCGAGAUGCAAACCUUUCAAGCUGUGUUCGCUGCUCAACACGGCUGAUCAUCAAUCAUAUCGGACGACUGUUUACUUUCUGUCCAGUGUUUCAGCCUGUAGAUAAUCUGAAGACUCGAAUAC